AUGGCUUCCCUUCAAAUCAAGCAAAAGCCAGACGUCAUCGUUGUCGGCAGCGGUAUUGCUGGACUUUCUGCAAGUAUCGCAGGAGCGGAAAAAGGCGCUUCGGUCCUUCUCCUUGAACGCUUCCACGGCGGAGGCACCACGGCCCUCUCAGGCGGUAUUUUCUACGCUGGUGAGGGGACACAGCAACAAAAAGAAGCCGGAUAUGAUGAUACCACGGAAAACAUGUUUGCCUAUCUACGCCAGGAGAUCGGAGACGUGGUUCAGGAGAAGACGCUGAAGCGAUUCUGUGACGAAAGUCCUGGAAUGAUCCAAUGGCUGGAAAAGCACGGUGCUCGCUUCAAGGGGGCUUUGAGUCCAUACAAAACGAGCUAUCCCAAUACUCAGCAUUACCUCUACUUUUCGGGUUCGGAAAAGGCAUAUCCGUACUCAUCACUCGCGAAGCCUGCACCGCGAGGGCAUCGCAUGGUGCACGAUGGAUUCUCCGGGGCCGGCAUCGCCAAAGCCUUACUUGAUGGGGCCAGACGACUUGGUGUUCAGAUUGUGCCAGCCAGCAAAGUUGAGAAGAUUCUUUUGGCCAAAGAUGGCUCCGUCCGAGGAGUCGAGUACCUCACACUAGCCAACUCAGCCUCAAAGCUUGCCAAGCAUGAGAAGCUGACCAAUCGAGCUCUCAAAUACCAAAUCACGCUGCCCCCCAUUGCAGGGUGGCUUCAUAACCGUGCCAGCAAAAUAUUCGAGCGCAACGCUCAGUUUGCCGCGGCCGAGGCACCCGCUGUUAUCUUGGCGGCUGGAGGCUUCUCCUAUAGUCCUGAAAUGCGAAGGAAAUAUCUUCCCGACUUCCAGGGCGUCACUCCCCUUGGGACACCAGCUGACGAUGGGUCUGGUAUCAUGCUAGGAGUAGCCGUUGGAGGCUCCACAUCCCACAUGGGCUGUAUGUCGACCUGGAGGUUCUUAUACCCCCCAAGCGCUCUUCUUGAGGGCGUUGUCGUGGCGAAUCAAGGGGAACGCGUUGGUGCUGAGGAUGUAUACGGUGCCUUGUUGACAGGGAAGAUGAUGCGUAAUCACCAGUCCCAAGGUUUUGCCAUCUAUGACUCGACACAGUGGGCCAAGGCGAAGAAGCAACUGCCCACGCAAGUACCUCCUGUCUUGAAGAUGCAGAGGUACCAUUGGCUAUACUGGGACCAUAAGAAGGCCAGGUCUCUUGAGAAGUUAGCCAAGAAGUUCGGAAUUUCGCCUCAGGGCUUGAGACAGACUGUCGAUGCCUAUAACGACGCCAUUAAAAAUGACAAGCCUGACCCGGCGAACAAGAUGCCCGACACGCGAUCUCCUAUACUGAAACCACCAUUUUACGGCAUCGAUAUAUCUAUCAAAUUGACCAAGGGUCUUCAGCAAGUCAUUGGGCUGUCGCUUGGUGGCCUACGAGUCGAGGAGGAGUCAGGGUUGGUUCUCAAUGAGGCUGUAAAGCCAAUCAAAGGCUUGUAUGCCGCGGGGAGGAAUGCUGUGGGUAUUUGUUCAAGCACGUAUGUGAGCGGCCUCUCUCUUGGUGAUGGUGUAUUCUCAGGCAGGCGGGCUGGUGUUCACGCUGCUGGAAACGUGAAGACGACGUCAUCAUAG